GUUGAAGGAUGUGGCUUGUUCUGUUUGGAUGAUGCAGGAUUGCUUUAAGCAGUAAGCUUACUGUUUUCAGAUGGCAUUAGCAGCAUCAGUGAUAUAGCUGUGUCAGCCUCCUUGACUACUGGAUGUCUGUGAUUGCACGGAGGAAACUAUAUUUAAGGUCUGCUGUCUUGAGGGUAAUGACUCCAGCACUAACUGAUGGACAGAAUGGCUGUUAAUGCUUUCUUCUCUAUCCCAGAAGAUUUUAAAAGAUAGAUGGGUCUCUGAUGUACUUUUGUGAGACAGGAAAUGCAAUUUUUGGGGGUCUCUGGAAAUAGAAAGGUCAUGCAGAUUGGAACCGGUGAGACAUUACAGUGUCUAAGUCAUCAGAGAAACGAUGAAGAGGCUGUUGUGGAUAGAGGUGGAACUCGUUCCAUUCUCAAAACACAUUUUGAAAAGGAAGAUCUAGAAGGUCAUCGAACAUUGUUCAUUGGAGUCCACGUGCCACUAGGUGGAAGAAAAAGUCACCGGCGCCAUAGGCACCGUGGACAUAAACACAGGAAGAGAGACAGAGAGCGAGAUUCAGGGUUAGAAGAUGGGAGAGAGUCUCCGCCUUUUGAUACUCCAUCACAAAGGGUGCAGUUUAUUCUUGGAACAGAAGAUGAUGAUGAGGAACAUAUUCCUCAUGAUCUUUUUACUGAGCUUGAUGAGAUUUGUUGGCGUGAAGGAGAGGAUGCGGAAUGGAGGGAGACAGCAAGGUGGUUGAAGUUUGAAGAAGAUGUAGAGGAUGGUGGAGAGAGGUGGAGUAAACCAUAUGUUGCCACACUGUCACUUCAUAGCUUGUUUGAGCUGAGAAGCUGUAUCCUGAAUGGUACAGUUCUUUUGGACAUGAGAGCUAAUUCCAUAGAAGAAAUUGCAGAUAUGAUUUUGGACCAACAAGUGGGCUCUGGGCAGCUCAGUGAGGAUGUUCGUCACAGAGUGCAUGAGGCAUUACUGAAACAGCAUCACCACCAGAACCAGAAGAAGCUGAGCAACAGGAUCCCAAUUGUGAGAUCCUUUGCUGAUAUUGGAAAGAAGCAGUCUGAGCCCCAUUCCAUGGAUAAAAAUGCAGGUCAGAUUGUUUCUCCACAGUCUGUUCCAGCCUGUAUUGAAAAUAAAAAUGAUGUGAGCAGAGAAAACAGCACUGUUGACUUCAGCAAGGUUGACCUACACUUCAUGAAAAAGAUACCACCUGGAGCUGAAGCAUCAAACAUCUUAGUUGGAGAACUAGAGUUCCUGGACCGUGCAGUUGUUGCUUUUGUUAGAUUAUCUCCUGCAGUGCUGCUUACAGGACUAGCUGAAGUUCCAAUUCCAACAAGAUUUUUGUUUAUUCUUCUUGGACCACUGGGUAAAGGGCAACAAUACCAUGAGAUUGGAAGAUCGAUUGCAACACUAAUGACAGAUGAGGUAUUCCAUGAUGUUGCUUACAAAGCAAAAGACCGCAAUGACUUGGUGUCUGGCAUUGAUGAGUUUCUUGAUCAGGUUACUGUUCUCCCCCCUGGAGAGUGGGACCCAACCAUUCGAAUAGAGCCACCUAAAAAUGUUCCCUCUCAGGAGAAGCGUAAGAUCCCAGGAGUGCCAAAUGGAACUGCAGCCCAUGGGGAGGCAGAACAUCCUGGAGGACACUCUGGACCAGAACUCCAACGCACUGGAAAAUUUUUUGGAGGAUUGAUUUUAGAUAUAAAAAGAAAAGCUCCCUUCUUCUGGAGUGACUUCAGGGAUGCUCUCAGUCUGCAGUGUCUGGCAUCAUUUUUAUUUCUCUACUGUGCUUGCAUGUCUCCUGUCAUCACAUUUGGUGGUCUGCUGGGAGAAGCAACUGAAGGUCGUAUAAGUGCAAUAGAAUCGCUGUUUGGAGCAUCCAUGACUGGAAUUGCCUACUCUCUCUUUGGUGGACAGCCUCUCACUAUACUUGGCAGCACAGGACCUGUUUUAGUGUUUGAGAAGAUCUUAUUCAAAUUUUGCAAAGAGUAUGGGCUAUCGUACCUUUCUCUGAGAGCUAGCAUUGGACUGUGGACAGCAAUCCUGUGCAUCAUCCUCGUUGCAACUGAUGCAAGCUCCCUAGUCUGCUACAUUACUCGUUUUACUGAAGAAGCUUUUGCUUCUCUUAUCUGCAUAAUUUUCAUUUAUGAGGCCUUAGAGAAGCUGUUUCAUCUCAGUGAGACAUAUCCAAUCAACAUGCAUAACGAUUUGGAUCUGCUGACAAAAUACUCAUGCAAUUGUGUGGAACCAGAACAUCCUAGCAAUAAAACCUUACGAUACUGGCAGGACUACAAUAUAUCUGCAUCUGAUGUGCCAUGGGGGAACCUAACUGUGUCAGAAUGUAAAAAGUUCCAUGGAGAGUUUGUUGGACGGGCCUGUGGUCACCAUGGCCCUUACGUUCCAGAUGUCCUCUUCUGGUCUGUCAUCUUAUUCUUUUCUACAGUAACACUGUCAUCCACACUGAAGCAGUUCAAAACUAGCCGAUACUUCCCAACAAAGGUACGAUCUGUUGUCAGCGACUUUGCUGUCUUUCUCACUAUUUUGUCCAUGGUUCUAAUUGACUAUGCCAUUGGGAUUCCAUCGCCAAAACUUCAGGUUCCAAACGCUUUUAAGCCCACCAGGGAUGAUCGCGGCUGGUUUAUCACUCCUUUGGGGCCUAAUCCUUGGUGGACAGUGAUAGCUGCUGUAAUUCCAGCCCUGCUUUGUACUAUCCUGAUCUUUAUGGACCAGCAGAUCACAGCCGUCAUUAUCAAUAGAAAAGAACACAAACUAAAGAAAGGAUGUGGAUACCAUCUUGACCUACUCAUGGUGGCAGUCAUGCUUGGAGUGUGCUCUAUUAUGGGAUUGCCGUGGUUUGUUGCAGCCACUGUCCUCUCUAUUUCCCAUGUGAAUAGCUUAAAACUGGAGUCAGAGUGCUCUGCUCCAGGGGAGCAGCCAAAAUUUCUUGGAAUUCGUGAGCAGAGAGUCACAGGGCUCAUGAUUUUUGUCCUUAUGGGCUCAUCUGUCUUUUUGACAAGCAUCCUAAAGUUUAUUCCUAUGCCAGUACUUUAUGGAGUAUUUCUUUACAUGGGUGCUUCAUCUCUAAAGGGAAUUCAGCUUUUUGACAGGAUAAAGUUAUUCUGGAUGCCUGCAAAGCAUCAGCCAGAUUUUAUCUACCUGAGGCAUGUUCCUCUUCGAAAGGUCCAUCUCUUCACUGUAAUUCAGCUGAGUUGUCUUGUGCUUCUGUGGAUUAUAAAGGUUUCAAGAGCUGCCAUUGUCUUUCCUAUGAUGGUUCUGGCUUUGGUCUUUGUCCGAAAACUCAUGGAUUUCUUUUUCACUAAGCGGGAGCUCAGUUGGUUAGAUGAUUUGAUGCCUGAGAGCAAGAAAAAAAAACUGGAAGACGCUGAGAAAGAGGAAGAGCAAAGUAUGUUAGCAAUGGAAGAGGAAGGGACUGUUCAGUUACCACUAGAAGGACAUUACAGAGAUGACCCAUCUGUGAUAAACAUUUCUGAUGAAAUGGCAAAAACUGCUGUGUGGAAGACAUUGUUGAUAUCCUCAGAGAAUGCAAAAGAUAAGGAGUCAAGCUUUCCUUCUAAAAGUGCUGAAAUCAGGAAGGAGAAGAAGGCUGACUCAGGAAAAGGUGUUGACCGGGAGACUUGUCUUUGAUUUAUUCUUCAAUUAAUUUUUUUACAAAUGAAUGAAAGGAGUGCCACAACCACUAACUAUAAAUGAUUUGACCUUGUAACUUUUGUCUUUCAUCUCAAACUAGCACAGGUAAUGUUGUGCAAUAUUUUGUCUCAUUUCACCUCGUCUAUGUGUCUACAUUGUCUAGUAUCUGUGUUAAGUCUGCAGUAGGCAAUGCAAAAAAUCUUCAUCAACUUUGCUGAUACUGGCUUUUCAUCGGUAUUCAUAUCAUAAAUUUAAUCAAAGAUGCUUUCAUAUUCAACUUUCCUGUUAAUAGGUUUGUACUGUAUUUUGCUACUUUUUCUGUGUGCAAAUACAUACCAGUCUUCAUUCAGGAUAAACUUGAAAACAUUUGUUCCAUUUUUUACUUCUAUUUUACUACUAGAGUAAGUAAUUUCAGAAGACCCAAACUGACAAGCAAAUGUUAAAGAAGUUUUUAAAGUAACAACUGAUCUGACCCUGUGAACAAACUAACAAGGAUAAUCCUUUCCUCCUCAAGCUGUCCUUUUGAAGUCAUGGAUUACUCAUGCAAUGAGGAUUGCAGGGUCAGAUUCUAUAUUGGUGAAGUUUUCCUUGAUUCAAUAGUGUAUUUAAUAUUCAAAUUUGUAUGUAACUGGAACAUAGUCAUCUAUCUAUAUAUAAAUAUAUUAAAAUAUCUAUUUAAAAUAUAUAUUAAAACUUUCUCUCACCUUAGUUGAAAAACACCACCACAUCCUUUGAUGUGAAACAUGGGUACAGUAUUUCUUACAAUGCAACCUGUGAUUACAAUAUCUUCUCGUGUAUUGUGGCCAAACAACGCACUCUGUCAUUCAUCAAUCCAUUAUUUUAUAAUAGGGAAAAUUUUGUAUCUACAAACGAUACCCCACAUGCAGUUAUAGCACCUGACCAAUGAUUUUCCUCUAUUGCUUAAGUACAAGCACAUAAAGAGCGUAUUUGUAUCGUUUUCUCUUUACUAACAACUCUAAGCCUCUCAAUUUUGGCGAUUGUGUAUAAUACGUCAGUGGGUAUCUUGCCAGUGGUUUUGUUACAGCUCUUCACUAUUUCAUCCAGUCCAUAUUGACUAAAAGACAAAAACAGCAUUGCAAAGUAACAUUGUGGCUUUACAGAGACAUUUUUUCUUAAUGGAUUUUGUUGAUCCUUCAAGCUGUUCUUUUGUGUAAAACAAGGACUAUGGGAUUAGGUAUUAAUAAGAGACGUGGAGCAAAAAGUUUUAUUGCAUUAUUUGGAAUUUAGUGGGGUUUUAAAUUAUUUUUAAGAUAAUUUUUUUUAAUGAUUAAAUGACAGCUAGAUCAUUAUUAUGCCAUUACUUUGAAGGAUAGCCUUGCAAUCUUUGUAACAAACACACCUACAGGGCUUUAACAUCCCUAGAUAAAAGGUAACAUCACUGAAUAAGUUCUGUUCUAACUUAAACCAGGAAAACCAGCUUUCAAAAAUGAUAACCUUUCCAUAAACCUCAUGUGAAGAACAUCCAGCACACUUCAAGUAUUCUUUCUAAUGUUUCUCUGUGUGUGAGUGUGUGUAUGUUUUACUGCUUAGCCAUAACAGAUAACCGCAUUUUGCUGCAAACUAAUAGGGUCACUGCUCUAAAUUUGACUUAGCAUUAUUAAAAAUCAUUAAAGGCCAUUUUUAUGAAGAGGGGAAAAAAAAAAUAGUCAUUCUAAUGGGCAAAAAGAUGGAUUUACAUUUCAUUCAAUGUUUGUAUUUGUAAAUUUAGGAAAAAAAAAAUGCUGAUGCAUUAAGAUUACAUGCUUUGUUUUGUGUAGUUGAUGAUAAAUUGUAAGAUUCCAAUUGUUUUAAGGUUAGUAUAGAAGUUCAAUACUGGUUUGUCCCGAAAGCAGCCUGGUGGUGUUUUAAUAUGUUGCUGACUUUGUUACAGUACAGAUCAUGUAAACAAUCAAAGUGUAUUAGUUUCACUCGACCAACUCUUAGACUAUUAAGAAAUCAGUGUACUCAAUGGCAUUCUGUUCAGUAUUUCAGAGUGGGUUUAUUUUAAAACAAUCACUCUGGUCUUGUGUGAAUUUAAAUGCUAUUCCACUGUUAACACUCUGAAAUCACACACAAUAUAAAACAAAUGUAGUGCUAUAUUUACUUCUAAUUUAUAUAUUCCUGGUCAAAUUGCUCAAUUCCUUGGUUGUAAUUUAUUACAGAAGUUUAUGUGUACAUGUGAAUAGACUAUUGUGUUUUUCACAAUUAAGAAAUGUUAUGUGAAAAUAAAUAUUUAUCCUAACUAACUUUCAAUUUUAUUUUUAACACUGCAAACCCCAGAACAAGUGUCCUGUAUGGUACAUAAUUUUUAACGUCUACCUGGCACUUGACUAGGCUUCACAAAUUAAUGAGUUGUAGAGUCCAGCCUACAAAUCUCUUUGAAACAUAUCUACCAGCCAUGGCUUGCUGUGCAUACUUGAUGGCAGUGUACUUGGGGCUGACAGUAAGUGCACCACGGGGGAUGACACAUAACUGACCUGUUCCGGGACCACAGUAGAAAUUAAAUUGUGAUGUACCCGUCAC